AUUAUGAAAAUCCCCUUUUUCUAGGUCCUCUAUACCUCUCAGAACCACCCAAAAUCUUGGCUUGUUCUUUCCAAUUCCUAAUCCUAACAAUCAACAUUCUUCACUUAACUUAUGGGUUUUCUCCAAUUUGAGUUUUGAGCUUCAUAAGCGAUUAGCAGACAACAAUAUUUCAAUUGGAGCUGAGGAUUUGAUAUUCCAAGAGGUUCUUCUUGAACUUGUUUCUUUUCGUUUUCUUGAUUUAUUGCACAAAAUUCCCAGUUUUUUUUUUUCUAGAUAACCAAACAUCCUUAAAGUAAAGGAGAAACCCCUUUGACGGACAGGGUUGGCCAAGAUCAUAGAUAUGCAUGCUUAGGGGAUUUAUAGGCACUAAAGCUUCUGCUUGAAGUCUGAGGAUUUUCAUCUGUUUAAAGCUACGUACAGUCAUGGCUUAUGCAUAUAGCGAUGAAAGUAAUAAACACCUAAAGGUUCAUUUCGCAUCUGAACCCAUAAAUCGCUGCCCGAGUUCAAGCUGCUACACAUCUUCUUCUUGUUCCUCUUCAUCAUCUUCAUCACUGGACGAACCAUAUGAUAUUGACAAAGCUGAGGUUGAUCCGUCUCCCGAAGCUAAACAACCGGACCUAAAUGAGCCUCCGGCGCCUGUGCCAUCACCAGAGGUUACUUCACAGACUACUGUUUGGAGCACUGGGUCAUCAUCUUCACAAUCUCCUCCUCAAAUUCCAAUGGCGGGCGGGCGGCCUUCCGGAUAUGAUCCAAAUCGACUCCCAUCAGCUAUGUUUGCUGCUAAGCCUUCAUCUGCUAUGGAUUGGAGUGUUGCUUCAAAUGAAUCAUUGUUUAGUAUUCAUGUGGGGAAUAACAGCUUCUCAAGAGACCAGUAUUUCGUCAUGUUCAACAAGUCUGGAGAACUGGGGAAGCUUGAUGAGAUGUUCCUCAAUGUUCCAACUCCGCUUUCCCCAGUUACCGAGACUGUGGAAACUAAUCCGAGUUCCAAUGCGUUAGUAGAGACGCUUGAAACUGAUCAUCACAGUGUGGAGACGGAGAGUGUCGACGAAACUAAGAGUGAAAUUUCGGAGGAAGAGAAUGUUGUGAUGGUGACCGGGAAGGUAGAGAAAGACGAAAAAACCAAAGAGACAGUUAGGCUGCCUACUAUGGAGGAAACCAAGGGUUCUGCCUUCUCUCACCGUUCGAAUGAGAGCAAUCAUAGUAAUCAAUCUUUCCAAUUUCCAGUGUUGGCAGGUCAUCAUGAUCACCAUGACCAUGUAAAGCACCCAUUAGAGCAAGUGAAAGAGGAGAAGCAGGAGAUGCCGGCGCCUAAGCAUGAGCAGGAUCAGCCACAGCCCGAAAGCCCUGAAAGAAAUGCACCAUUAAAGGCUACACGAAGCAGCAGUUGGUUGUCUUGCUUUUCUUGCUGCUGGAUCUGCCGGUGAUGGAAACUAAACUGUUUUCGAUCUCUACAAUGAUCCUUGGAUUCAUUGCAUGAUCUAGCUUUUGUGUAUGAGGGUUAUACUGCAGCCGGAUUUCAAGAAUCGUUUGUCUUGUCAAAAUGUGGAAGGGAAUUCCGUAGCAGGUUGAGGCCAGUGUUAGAUUCGGUACUUCAACGACAUUUGGUUUUCAAUGUUGAGGAUAGAAAGGGAAAAUCAAAAGAAUCCAAACUGAAAGUUGUUGUACAUUGUUGAAU